AUGAUAUUCGAAAAAAAAUUAAAAUUACCUAUUGAAAUUGAAUCAUUACAUGUUGGUAAAAUUCAAUGUUCAUUUGUAUGGAGUUCAUUAUUUUUUCGUUCAUCAUCACCAGCAUUAACAAUUCAAGUUGAACAUGUUCGUGCUAUAAUAAAACCAAUUAUACUUGAUGAUAGUGAAAAUCAAAAUGAAGAAUUUAUUGAAGAAAAUGAAAUAGUUAAAAAACGAAAUCAUUUAGAUUUAUCUGAACAACAAUUAGAAAAAGAAUUUGAAUAUCUUGGUGAAGUUAAAUCAUCAUCAUGGAGUUUAAAACGUUUAAUAUUAUCAUUUUUAGAAAAACUUCAAGUACAUAUUAUUGAUGUACAUAUUAGUUAUGAAAGUUUUACAUCUGAUAAUAAUCCAUAUACAGUUGGAUUAUCAUUUAAUAAUAUUCAAAUAUCAAAUGAAUUAUCAAAUGAAAAUAUGAAUAGAAAAAUAUUUCAAUUACAUGAUCUUGCACUUUAUAUUGAUUCAAAUAUAAAUAAAGAUAAUUUAUUAAAUCAUUCAUAUAUUCUUAUACCAUCAAAUUCAAUAAAAAUUUAUUUAACACAUAAUUAUAUACGUUCAGCAUUAAUUAAUCGACAACAACCACGUUAUGAACUUGAAUGGACAUUUAAUAAUUUAAGUUUAAAAUCAAGUAUUGAACAAAUACGUAUUUUAUCAGAUGUUAUACGUUUUAUUAAUUAUGCUAAUACACAUAGAAGAUUUAUUAAUGAUCCAAGUAGACCAAAUAAAAAAAUAUCAAAAUCUUCAGCAAAAUUAUGGUGGCGUUAUAUAACAUUAGUUAUAAUACGUACACAAAAUUAUUUAAAAAUUCCUAUAUCAAAUGAACAAACACAUACAACAACAAAGGGUGUGGGUUAA